AUGGACAGCGCCAUGGAGAACGAUUAUCCCGCUCCUCCGUCCAUGGGCGACGCCAACUUCGACAUCUUGGAAUGGCACCCUGCAUAUCUAUCCUGCCAGCGAUACUUCAUCGACCACGCACAGCAUGAACCAGCUACACAGGCCGUCUGCGCUCUCACCAACAUCCGUUUGCCGUUUCAAUGGCUGGGGAACCCCGUCACAGCUUCGACUCCUCCACAAAGCUCGCAAGGAGGCAACUUUAACUUCAAUGCCUAUCAACGCCAAGGUAGCAACUACCAGAGCCCCCAAGGACGAGGGAAUAACGAUCGACCAACGAACUUCGUCUCGCCCGUACCGUACAUCCGACGACUUGUCGUUACCGGCUUCGACAAGCCAGCGAUCUUGCACGGCUUCUUCGGCGACGAUUACCUCAAAGGUGUCAUGCCCCACGUCGAGUGCGAAAGACGGAACUACCUCUUCGCGGCGAAACACGGCGGCUGGAGGACAUGCAAGAAGCAGUACGACUCAGGCAGUGGAGGAGGUCACGACGAAACACUGCCAUUCAUGAAGCCUUUGGACGAGGCCAAGAUGGAGGAACUCACAGCGGCUGAGAAAGCUUGGAGCAGUUGGCUGGCGAUGGAAGAUUGGAUGGUGGGACCUCGCGCGCCUGAAGAUGAAGAUGCACCAAGGACACAUUCUCAUAGAGCGAGUGGUGGUGGGAGUAUGCGGUAUCAGGGCAUGCCGGAUGGUAUGCCGGAUGGGUUGACAGACAACUCGUUUUCGGCUGGCGGUGGAGAGGAUAUGAGAUAUGGCAGGCGAGAUGGAGGAAUGGGUGAUGGAGGGCUGCCGGAUGGUGUCUAG